AUGGACGUUAUUUACCAACUAUGCUACUUUAAAGGAAGUACUGUUCGUAAAAAAGGUAGUGACUAUCACAAGAAAACCACGCCCGCAUCUUCUAAGGCACUUGGUCUGUAUUUAAGACGAGAACCAGCUGUCUCUUCUCGAUAA